UUAUUUCGUUGUUAAUUUCUCUUCUUUGGUUCCCCCAAUUAGUUCUUCUCUUUAACAAAUUGAAAGAAAAUAGAAAACAAAAACUCUUUGCAAACCCUAGUCUUUCACCGGCCCAAAAUGGACCGCUUCACUGUACCAAGCUUUGAAAAUGGCAUAAUCUCUUCUUAAAUCUGAAGAAGCUACUGAUAUUCUCAGCAUUUCUUAGGGGAAAGUUUAUCUUCUCUGCUUCAGUUUACUUGUAGGAUAAAAUAUCGGAGCAUCUAUCUCAAGAUCAAGCACUUUAGGUGUUCCAUUGAAGAUAUUGGCUCAUCCUAAUGACGCCAUUGGAAAAGUAUAUGGAUCUGAACAUUCUGGUCGUGUGCGUGGUUUAAGUGGUAAUGUUUUCCCCUCGACUACUUUGGAAUGCCUAAACAUUCAAUUGGUCAUGCGAAUCUUGGUGGUUCUAGUAAUAUAUCUCAUCAAUGUGUUGAAGACCUAGAGAAGCAUGUAGAAACCUUGGAAGAAAAGCUGACUGGAUAUGAAGAGAUGAAGGAAACACUUGAGGAUACCAAGGAACAACUUGUGGAGACUAAGGAACGGCUUGCGCAAAAUGAGAAUCACCUGGCAACUCUUCAUAGGUUUUUACAAGCUAAAUUUGGGUGUUUUUGUGACCGUCCGUUAGACCAAAUUCCCGCUUCUGUCUGGCUCUUCAUUCUUCUUGAGUUUCUAAGUCUGAUUGCAACAUACGGUUCUCCCAGUGUUUGAGUUCGAGGCGACGGGGCUCGAAC